ACCUGGCAGUGGUGGGGCUUGAACCAGCGACCUUUCAACUACUAGUCCAGUACCUUAACCACUAGGCUACAAGGUCCCUAUAUUUUGACAUAAACUGCUAGUAUGUAUUUUGCUUUAUUCAAGAUUGAUAUCAUGCUUAUAAAUGUGUUAUGAAGGCACUGUGUAGGUAUCCUUCAAAUAAAGUAUUUUCCUGUGCUCCUCCCAUGACUGGGCACAAACUCCACCUCAGAUGAGAGCUCUCCUGAACUCAUGUGUGGUUCCCUGUAGUUAUUUUUCAUCUGCAGUUUGAAUACGAAUCAUAAAAUGACUUGGAUGCAUCCUGCUCUGUUUACCUGUCUGACUGUGCUAUUCCUUCUCAGCUCUUUGUAUGAGGUUGACAGUGCAAUUGUGGAUGAUGGCAAAGUGGAUAAGAAAGAAGCAAAGCCUCAAGGUGGGUUGAGAGGAAUUUUCUUGCAAGAGAGUGAUGCCACCAACUUCUUCAAACGGCGUGGCAGAAGGGCAGUAAAAUCACAAGAUGAGCUUGAUGCUGAGCAGAGACAGAGGUUGGCAGCCGAUGAAAGGAGAAGACAAUUCCACGAGGAGCAGAGAAAUGAGUUUGAGAAUUACGCUGAGGAAGAAAAUGAUGAGCAAGAUGAGAGAACCCAAGAAAGCACAGAGCAAUGGAGACAGUUCCACCAUGAUGGACUCGACCCCCCUUAUGAGUACAAUCGACACACUGUUUAAAGAUGUUUACGCAUUUAAAGCUGUCCACACAUUUAAAGUUGUCCACAAAUAUAUUUCAGUAAGGACAGAAAAGUAAUUUGCUGACCAGAAACAAAAACCCAAACAAAUGAAUAAUUAUGCAUAAAAUCAUAAUCACUCAAUAAGUUGGCUAUCAAAAAGCAGGUACUGUUGGCGGGUAAUCAAAUAGUUAUAACAUAAAAAUACUGCUUCUUUUUCAGCUAAGAAAACAAGCCCAGUGAUCGUCUUGUGACAACAUUUUUUGAUUGCUGGACUUUUUUGUCAGUGAUUUAGCACAGUGAUGUAGCAAUUCAAAUCUGUACCUGUACAUGGUAAUGUGCCAUUAUGGUUAAUUAACAAUGUGCAAAAAAAAGUAUGUGCAAUCAAUUCUGCAUAGACAUACCUGACAACAUUCUAACAAGUUAUGCUCUCUUUCUUCUGCUAAAUCUGUUGCUUCACACUUGAAUAUCAUUUUAUAUAUUUUUUUAAGCAUUU